UAUUUUGAGAUACUUGUUGGUUACUCAACCGCCUAGGUUUAGGGAAUAAAAUUGCAAAUUAUCAGUUGAUAACUUACGAUGGCUGGCAAAGUCGGAAACGGAGACGGCGCCACCGCCUCUGUAAGAAACCCUAGCCAUUAUUUCUCUAAUCACCGCCGCAAAAUCAAACGAGCAAGAGUGUCAAGCGAAGAUUUAGACUCAAUCAGCUCUUUGCCUGAUGAGAUCCUCCAAGUUAUCCUCUCCUUCAUCCCGACGAAAGCCGCAAUCAGAACUUCGGUCUUGUCGAGAAGAUGGAGACAUAUAUGGUGCAAUAUACCUUCCCUCUCCUUCUUCCAAGAAGGCUGUACUAAUGCCCGUGAGUCGAUAGAGAAAAUCCUAUCUCGCUACACGGCUCGCAAGAUGAUGAGUUUUGAGCUCCGUUUCAAUUGGAACUACUAUUAUCCUUACGUUUACAGUUGGAUCGAGUUUUCCAUGAACCGAAACGUGGAGAAUCUGUCGCUGACACUUUGUAUCGAAGAUAUUCCUGAUAUCUUCUACAUCAAUUCCUCUGUCAAGCAACUUUACGUUAAGUCAGGUUAUACUAUAUUGGAUCCCAAAUGCUCCGUGUCUUGGACAUCUUUGAAGAUCCUUUCAUUGCACACUUGCAACAUCUAUGACGAACCCUUUGCUAAGAUUCUAUCUGGUUCUCCGAAUCUCGAAACCUUAAGAUUGUAUUUCUGCGAUGAAUUGUGUGUUCUUGAUCUCAGCAAGUCACCGCAUCUAAAAACAUUAGAAAUAGAAAGCGAACAUUGGCUUCAGGGGGCAAAGAUUGUGGCACCACAUAUCCAUUCCCUUAGAUUGAGAUUUACAAUCUCUGAUUUUCCAUAUACUUUAGUUGAUGUCUCGUCUUUAACCGAAGCUGAACUAGACAUUGACUCUGUCUCAACUGAAAAAUUAAACAGUAGUUUUCUUCAAACCAUUGUGCUAAAGAUUCUAGAGAAGGUGCAGAAUGUAGAGAAGCUUACUCUUGGUGGAAACUUUCUUAAGGUACAUUUUGGUGUAUACAAGUGUCAUAUGGAUGGAUAUUAUAUAGCUUGAUGUGCUUCUUGAGAGCUGCUUUUUGUUAUUCACUAUAUAUUUGUCUUUUGCUUUUUGUUAGGCUUUAUCUCAUGCCGAUCUCCAUGGUUUUCCUUUUCCCAAGUUCAAGGCUAAAGUUUUGACGCUUGACACAACUAUCUCUCGAUGUGUUAUUUCUGGUAUAGUAAGAGUGCUACAAAACUCACCUGAAUUAAAGAAGCUAACAUUACGCACAAUGGAUUGUGACGCCAUUAAGGAGGAGAAUCUUGACAGCCACUUAGAUUUGUAUUGCUGGAAUCCGUAUCUAUGCUUGGAAGCGAGGGUAUUUGGACACAUUUACCGUAGGAGUGCAGAGUCGUAGCAUGUGGCUUUGUUCAUGAAACUUGUUCUUAAAACCACAAAGACACUAGAGAAGAUGGUGGUAAGGUUGGGACCGUAUCGUAACACAAGAGGUUUUAAAGAGUUGCUUCAGAUGGUUCCAAUGCUUUCUCACGACAACAAUGUCUCCAUUGUGCUUAGCGCAACCAAAAGUCGAAUUAGAGAGACUAAGUGGUCAAAUGGUCAUUUUAUAUAUUACAACUAAAAGCCAAAUCAGAGAGACUAAGUGAACAUUUUACAUCAAAUCUCAUUUUUAAUACUACUAUAUGAAAUCUUUUCUUUAAUACA